GCUCAGCAUCCGGCGCGCGGUGCGUACGCCGUAAAUGCCCUUGCCUCUCCAGCCCUUCUCACGCGGAGCCUGAGCCUGGCCCUUGCACCACGCCGGCGCCGCACCGACCGCGCUGCACUGCACGCCUCCUCCCCAGCGCCCAAAGCUGGCAAGGGAGCAGGGCCUGGGCCUACUCUGGGAAGAGCACCCAGUUGCCCACACCCCCUGCCUGACCAAGGCCCACUGACAAUGGACAAGGGGGAGGAAGACGACGAUGAGGAAGCCUGGCUGCAGCUUCGGCCAGUGGAGCCCUUGCCCUCCCAGUGCUGCGGCAGUGGGUGCUCACCCUGUGUGUUCGACCUCUACCAGCGAGACCUAGCAAGUUGGGAGGCAGCCCGAGCCAGCAAGGACAGGAGCCUGCUGAGUGGAGAAGAGACACAGAGCUGUCCUUCCAAGCUGACCCCAGAGACCUUCCUAGCCUUCUGCAUCAGUGCCACGGACAGACUCACUAAGGACACCUACCUUGUCCGGUUUGCAUUACCUGGGAACAGCAGGCUCGGCUUGCGGCCUGGCCAGCACCUCAUCCUACGAGGGAUAGUAGAUGGCUUAGAAAUUCAGAGAGCCUAUACGCCCAUCAGCCCUGCCAACGCAAAAGGAUACUUUGAAGUUUUAAUCAAGUGCUACCCGACAGGGCUGAUGUCCCAGUAUGUGGAGUCCUGGAAAGCAGGAGACACGGCUUUCUGGCGAGGACCUUUCGGAGGCUUCUUCUAUAAACCAAACCAGUAUGGUGAGCUCCUCAUGCUGGCUGCUGGCACCGGCCUGGCCCCCAUGGUGCCCAUCCUGCAGAGCAUCACAGACAACGCAGAGGAUGAGACCUUCAUCACCCUGGUCGGCUGCUUCAAGACCUUUGAGGGCAUCUACCUGAAAACCUUCCUCCGGGAGCAGGCUCGUUUCUGGAAUGUCCGCACCUUCUUUGUACUCAGCCAGGAGAACUCCCUAGAGCAGCUUCCCUGGAGUUACCGGGACAAGACCCACUUUGGACGCCUGGGCCAGGACCUGAUUGAGGAGCUGGUUGGCUCCUGUCGGAGAAAGCCGUUUGCAUUGGUCUGUGGCUCAGCUGAGUUUACCAAGGACGUGGCCGGGUACUUGCUGAGCGCAGGCCUGGCCGAGGACUCCUACUUCCUCUUCUAGGCCUGGCCUCCCUUCUAAAGCUCAGGCCAGGGGCCUGGCACUGGGACGCAGGAAGGGACACAGACUGGAAUCCAAAGACAUGAAAGGAAGACCGCUGCUAACUCUCCAGGUGACCUGGGACAAAUGUCUUUACCUCUGCACGCCUCCGUUUCUCAUCCACCCCACGUGGUUCCUGACUCCCUCAAGCAGGCAUCCUACUGAGAGGAGGGAGAUGGAGCUGUAGGAACCUUGGGGAGGAGAGUAUCCAGCCGGGAGUCAGGGAGGACUCCCUGGAGGGAGCCAGGUCCUGGCUGGGUAGGAGUUGGCAGGAGAAGGACUAGGAGGGGCUUUCCUGGUUCCUCAGCUUCAAGGGUUUGAGAGGGACUCCCACUGGGCCCUGCCCUGUAAUGCUUGUGCCAAAGCCUACUUUCCCUGGAGAUGCGUCUCUCUUGUGACCUCAGGGCUGGCUCAGAUGAGGUACUCACUGGUUAGGGAAUGACCAUAGCAGAGGCUAGAGGAGGCACUUGCUGUAUGUACCUCCAGUGCCGUGAGCCUGACACAAUGAAGGUCGUGGGUUCUGUGACCUGACCAUGUCUCAGAACAAGGUGGGGCCCUAGAUUACCUAUAUUUUGGCACCAGGUCUUUUGUGCUGCAAAAGGCUUCACUCUCAGUCUCCUUUUCCUAGCUCAAGAGCCCAGCCCAGAGUCCUUUCCCCAGCAAAAGAGCCGUGAAAGCAAAUGCCCCUCCCUCCUGCAGGCAGCCAGCUCAGCCAUGCCUUCAGCUGCAGCGCCCUGGUGAUGGUUGCUAUGGAGAUCUAAAGAUAGAGCAGGAGUCGGGAGACCUGGGUCCUUCUCCCUGCUCUGCCCACUGAGCUGCUGCUGUUUCUGAGGCACCCACCCCUCCCCUCCACACCUCACCCCCUCCAUCCUUCAUGGGGCAUGCCCUCUGCAGGGAACUUAGCAAUCCUGGGCAGCACACCCAGUUAAUGAAUUCUGCUUUCUGUAGCCUGGGCUCCAGUAUGCUGCACCAGCCCAGGCUGGCUACAGGCAGUCCCAGAGUUGGAAUAUUAAGCCAUGGAAUCUCAGAAUCAAAGAACCAUAGAAUCGUAGAGUUGGAAUUUUGCAGUCAGAGAAUCACAGCCCUCAUCAUAUCAGAUGUUAAAGCUCAGGACUCCAAAAAGCAUCCCAUCUACCAGACUCAUUGUGUCAAUGGGGAAACCAAGGCUCAGCGAGGCCAUGUCACCUGCCCAAGGUAAAACAGUUCAUGGCAAGGCCAGUGUCAGAAGCCAGGUCUCUAAUGUCAGCCCUGUCCUCAGAGUUCUGUACCAGUGAUUUUUUUUUUUUUUUUUUUUUU